AUGUAUUUCAAACUGGCCAUUGCGGAUUUUAAUCGGCUGGCACGUACGCGGCCCACUGCCCGUCCUUGGCAUAAUUCGUUCCAGUGGUUGCAUGAGCACAAGGCAGAACGUCUACAACCACUGUUUCAGCAGCAUCACCGCGGAUCGCGUGCAAAACGGAACAAACGCGCAAUGCGCUCCGGCGCAAAUGCUGUAGUUAAUCAUCGGACCAAGCGGUACCAAAUGCUAGCUGCGGUCGAAGCGAACACACGAACACGUGCUCACCCGACCAUCACGGCAAGGCAGAACCAGGUUUGUCUCAGCUUAGAAAAACAACUCUUCAAGCUUGUUUUUAUGCAUUUUUGCAUAUUAUGCAAAAGCAAAGUUUUUUUAGCCAAUGGAAGGGAUAUUUGCAAAGCAUAGCA